GCUGUAUCUGGAGCGGCACGCACGGCUGCUCCGGACGCUCUGGCUCGCUGCCGUCUACGUUGCGCCGGAGGAGUUCGAGGCACCGUUCUAUUUGAUCCAGACGAUAGAGAGGCUUGAAUGUACGCUAGCGUUCUUCGACUGCUACACCUCGCAUGCCAGAGCCGCCGCCAGGCUGGCCCAGCUGUGCGAGGCCUUCCGCGCCCGCCUCUGGCUGUCCCGCGCCGUGCUGCUGGAGGAGUCCCCAGAGGUGCUGGACAUUUUGGACAGGCACCACCCCUGCUCGCAGCACCCGGGCCGCGGUGAGCUGCGCUCGCACGAGACGAACAGCCACGUCCGCAAGUUGCUGUUUCGACGCGCUUCAGCGCUGCUGGAGCUGGCGAACUCGUCCUCGGCUCCAGCAAGCUCGUCGCUUCCCAGGUGGCGCUACCCGACCGAAGACGACCCCGCGGCGUCGGGCUCUUGCAGAGGACAUGUGCCCGACGCCGCCCUCGUUUGGUGGCGGUCUCCGUCCGUGUCGGAGAUGCUCCAGAGCGUAGCGGCGCCCACCAGGCCGCUCCACCGGGCGAAGCCUCGGCGCACGCCCAUACCGGCGCACGAGGAGGCGCCCACGGGCACCUGCCAGCCGUUCUUCACCAGGCCCCGCAGCCAGUUCUCCUCCCUGCGGCAGCGCUACGCCGGGCGCGCAGACAUCGAGUUGCGCCUCGGAUGGGUCGAUCCUGCAGGCGCGAGCGCGGCCGUGGCCGACGGCAUCAGGCAGCUGCGGGCCCGGGGGCAGAGCGGCCGCGAGGUGGAGCUGCUGAAGGUCGACGUGGACAAUUGCGACUGCUGCUUCGUGGAGGAGCUCCUGCGCGGGGGCUUGCGCCCCUGGGUGGUGCACGCAGAGGUGCACUCGCUGGUGCCGCCGCCGCUGGGCUUCCGCCCUCGCGUUCGCCGGGACUUCGGCUCCGUCGUGCUGGCGGUGGCGGCGGGCGCGUGGCACCUGCACUGCUCCCUGUCCGCCUACAUGGGCGUGCUGAUCCCUCACGGCUACCUCUUGUCUCACUUGCAGAGCCGCGACGCGGUGUUCGUCCGCAGCGACCUCCAUCCUUCCCCUGGAUCGGCAAGCUGGCGCUCGAGGCGGAUGGCGGCGCCGCGUCGGCCUGGCGCCAGGGCUACGCGUGCCACCCGGGCCGGCACCUGA